UCCACGUGGAAAAGAUGGAUCAGUGACCUUCCGAGUUCUCAUCAUCACUUCAAGACUGUGCGUCACAGCUCGAAUAUUUGCUCCAACCUCUUUUCCUAAACCGAAUACGUCAGGCGACGGCUGGCAGAUGCAGAGCUCGUCCACACAAGCUGUUGGUCCGUAGCACAAUACGACAAGUGCUUCAGCGAAAUUAAACAUGGCGUUUUCGACUCAAUGCUGCCUCGCCCGGUUCACCGUCCCAUCCACCCCAGUCGGAUGAACAUCCCUCGCUGCCGACAUGGAUCGGCGUCACCUUUGCCCACAGUUUGGGCACCACGAAAGCUCCCCUGGUUCUAUUUCAGGGACAAGCGAGCCAUGCUCUUUACCCGUCCAUGGGGUAUCCGACGCGUCGAACGUUCGAUAACUCCUGACUCGACAAGCUUUGUUCGAUCAUGGCGGACUAGAGGUUUGAGGAACGAAGACGCACAGGCGAGGAGGAUCUCGUGGCAUGCAGCCCAUAUUGCGCGAUUGUCCAACUCAAGACUGCUAGUGCAGGUCAUCAAUAACCGCUAUACACGGGACAAGAGAUCGUCGCGAUUGGGUGAGAGAAUGCCUUCACCUGCGCAGAGUCUCCGCAAGGUAGAACCCGUCUUCCCCGCCAUUCACAUUACACCACUUCCAAGCAUAGAACAUACAGCAAGAAGUCUUGUUUGGCACAGAGUAUCAUUGAUGAGAGGUGCCGUCCACUUGCGCUGCAACGGCGGCUGGCGACCCCGUCUUUUCACCGUUUUGUUACAGUUCUGGAUUAUAGUCCAGUCAGACCUCGUACCGGCCCUCCACUACUGCAUUUCUUCUAAAUUAAAUCAAGAAUGAUACCAUACUUGGCCAAGUAAAUGAAGUUUGAGACAGACCAUACCGAACAGAGAUGAAAUCCUUCCCAGGGGUCUAUUAGUGGCCUCGCAUCGUCAACCCAUGGGUACUGGGAUGUCACGACGAUGGCUUACCCCAGAAUGAUCACCUAUUCUUGUUGCCUCCUUCAGCAUGUCAAUGCUUCCCCGACCCCUUUUUGCCUGGUUCCCGCUG